AUGAAAUUCAUCGGGAAGCAGGCCAUCCAGCGGACUGAAGAUCGAGACACCGCCAAGGAGCCGCCCCAGAAGGUCAUAAGGAUUAACACAAUCCUAGCCGACGCCAAAGAGUCAGAGCUGACCACCAAGGAAAAGAAGAGGAAGAUCAAACAUGACACCAUGAUCUCCCAAGUCUCGAUUAACCUUCUACCAGCAGAAGACGAUCAUGUAAUCGGCAUUCAAAAGAAAGAUCUGAUUGGUCUCGACAUGCCACAUAAUGACGCCUUUGUCAUCAGCAUUCAAAUCGCUCAGGCCAUGGUUAACCGAAUCCAUGCAGAUGAGGGCAACACAACCAAUAUCCUACAACUGGCGGUCAUCUAG